AUUACGUUUUUUUUUUCCCGAAACGGACCUCUCCUCAAUAUCUGUCGGCACCGUGUCGCUCAUUCGAUUUAUUUAAGUCCAUAUACGCUGAAUGUGCGUAUCGUAAAUUCGGUGCACACUUUUACAAGAAUGUGUAUUGCAGAAGAUGCGUUCGCGUGCAUAACAGAAGCGUGUUGUUGUAGUGCAGACUGAAGAGACUUAAAACUUACACGUUCUUCAUGCAGCGAUAAAAAUGACCACAACAUGCUCUGAAUCGAUAUGUUACUGCAUUGGAAAAGUGUGCGCGAAAUCUGAUGUUUAGUCUUUCUUCUAAAUGUGGUUUCGCCGAAGCAGAUGGCCCAGUCAGCUGUGUGACAUUUUUGUCGCCAAUGUGUUGAACUGUGACACGCACGCUGCAAGCAACCCGACUCGAUCGAACUACUGAAAUACCAUACCGAACAGAAGACUUGAGGCAGCUGUAAGGUUCCCCGAACGCUUCAUGCACUCUCCAAAAGAAGCCGCCUCAAACCUGCCUAAACCGUCUGAUGAGGAUUUUUAGGCCAGCACCCACUACAAACCACCAACUAAUGAUGUCCACUUUCAACUGCUUCCACUGACUGACUGUCUAAGUGCUUGAGGAACCAUAGCAAAUAAAGCAUUUCUCUUUUUUUAAACAAAAUUGUUUUGAUCCAGUGGAACCAUGGGGGCAACAAGUUACAGCUACUAUCGCUUGACCAUCUUCUCCUCCAUGUUCUUUGGCUACAUGCUGUACUUCUUCAACAGAAAGGCAUUCUCUUUUGUCAUGCCCUCGGUGAUGGGUGAGAUUAAACUGGACAAAGACGACUUGGGCCUGAUCACCAGCAGCCAGACCAUGGCCUAUGCCAUCAGUAAAUUCAUCAGCGGCGUGUUAUCAGACCAGAUCAGUGCCCGCUGGCUUUUCUCCAUCGGCCUCUUUGUGAUCGGAGGCAUCAACGUGCUUUUCUCCUGGUCCUCCACGGUGACCAUGUUCUCACUCCUGUGGUUCAUUAACGGACUGGGACAAGGUUGUGGAUGGCCUCCGUGCGGGAAGGUCCUCCGCAAGUGGUUUGAGCCCUCCCAGUUUGGAACAUGGUGGUCCGUGAUGUCCUGCAGCACGAACCUGGCAGGGAGUCUGGGCCCACUCCUGGUUACGGUGCUCCUCCACUACUAUGACUGGAGGACCAUCCUAACGAUGUCAGGUGUCAUCUGUGCUGCCUUCUCACUUGUGACUCUCAUGUUGGUGAAGAAUGAGCCAAAGGAUGUGGGCCUGCCUGCUAUUGAGCUGGCACCCAAGAAGGGUGCAACGAAAUGCAACGGUGAGAGCACCCUGAGUGAGUUCCUCCUCUCCCCAUUUCUUUGGGUGCUGUCUUUGGGCUACUUGGUGGUGUUCGGCGUGAAAACGGCAGCAACUGACUGGGGCCAGCUUUUCCUCAUGCAGGAGAAAGGCCAGACAGCUCUUAUGGGCAGUACUUACAUGAGUGCCUUGGAAGUGGGUGGCUUUGUGGGAAGCCUUGCAUCUGGUUUAAUCUCUGACAGAGCUGUUGCUCGAUCUGUCCUGGGCACACAUGGGAACCCUCGUCACGGCCUGCUCAUUGUCAUGAUGGCCGGUAUGUGUGUGUCCAUGUAUCUCUUCAGGGUCACCAUCACCCCUGAAAUGCCAAAGUCGGUACUGAAGUUCAUUCAUUCACUUCAGGAGGCUCCUCUUUGGGUCCAAGUCAUCCAUCCUGUUUCUGUGCUCAUCGGUGUCUCAGAAAAAGAGAUCUGGAUUCUCUUUCUUGGUGCUAUGUUUGGAUUUUCCUCUUACGGGCCGAUUGCCUUGUUUGGGGUUAUCGCAAGUGAAAGUGCUCCUUCCAAUUUUUGUGGAACCUCACAUGCGAUUGUUGCUCUGAUGGCUAACGUGGGGGCUUUCAUGGCUGGACUUCCUUUCAGCACUAUUGCCAAACAACACAGUUGGGACACAGCGUUCUGGGUAGCCGAGGUCUUCAUGGCCGUCACCACCGUUUCGUUUUUCCUCAUUCGCAACAUGCGCACCAAGAUGGGAAGAAGAGAAAAAAUGGACUGAGUCAUGCUCUUGCAACAAAGUCAACGUCACUCCGAUAUCAAAGGUGCUGCAUAAUUCGAAUGCAAAUUAUUACCCAGACAAGUGAACUGUCCAAAAGCUAAUUUCGUCAUAGAUACUCAGGGCAAGUACGAACCACCGAAUUGUAAGUGAGGCUUCAUCAAUUAGGGGUCAAACAUGGCCACUUAGUUCCUUCUUGUGACCUUUUCGCACUAUUCAAUUCUUCUAACUCUGUGGAGCCAAGUUUGGAGCAGCCUAUUUUCCACUCAAGCACAUCACAGUGCACAAAGCGAAUUACAUCAAGGCGUGCUUGGAUUGAUGUCUUGUGGAAGAGCCAUCAUUUCAGUCCUAGUCACCUUUGGGUUAAACUACUACAAAACUUUUCACAUGCUCUAUUGUUCAAUACCUCACAAAUGUUCAUUUGGAUGUAUGGAAAUGCCAAAGAUGCACUUCUAAGACAUGUGGAAAGUCUUCCCAGAAAAGUGGAUGCUUAUUAGACUAUUUAUUAAAAAAA